GCUUUCACUUCGGCCCCGCGGAAAAAAAAAACGGCACGACUGACACGAAGCGACAGGCGCGCCGCUGCUCCGGAAAGACUCGGGGAGCGACAGUGUGGGCCUUAUCUCUGUAAUAAGCACUGGUGUCAAGCCGAGCUCCGACACGGCUCGCUCCUGCGAUCGCGGCACUUUACUGGGCGACAUUAUUUCCGUAUCGAAAGCGGUUCGCUGUCGCGAAAGCGCGAGGAGAGCGAUAAUGGAGCAACGGAUGGCAGAGGCUCCCAUGUCAUGUGACUGUUUUGUUUCCUUGCCCCCUGGCUCUCGGGAGGACCAUGUGAUUUUUGGGAAGAACUCAGACCGUCCCAGGGAUGAGGUGCAGGAGGUGGUCCACUACCCUGCAGCUUCUCACCCUCCAGGCUCCAUACUGGAGUGCACAUACAUCCAGAUUCCUCAAGUGGAGCAGACCCAUGCUGUUGUCCUCAGCAAGCCUGCCUGGAUGUGGGGGGCUGAAAUGGGAGCCAAUGACCAAGGGGUCUGCAUUGGGAAUGAAGCGGUGUGGACCCGUGAGCCUGUCGCCCCCGGAGAGGCUCUGUUGGGCAUGGACCUGGUCCGACUUGGGCUGGAGCGCGGUCACAGUGCCUGGGCAGCGCUGACGGUGAUCACCGGCCUCCUGGAGCAGCACGGUCAGGGCGGCCAGUGCAGGGAGGAUCCAGAGAACUUCAGCUACCACAACACCUUCCUCCUGGUGGACCGCAACGAGGCCUGGGUGCUUGAAACUGCUGGAAGGUUGUGGGUGGCGCAGAAAAUCUCAGAGGGCGUGAAGAACAUCUCCAACCAGCUGACCAUCGCCACCGAGAUCUCCGCAGAGCACCCGGAGCUGCGGAGCGUGGCCCAGGCCCAGGGCUGGUGGGACGGUGCAGGAGAGUUCAACUUCUCUCAGGUGUUUAGCCCUGAGAACCCGCCUGCCAGGAUGGAGCUGGCCAAACAGCGCUACAAGGGAGGCACAGAGCUACUCCAGCAACAUGAUGGCUCAGUGACAGCGGAGGUGAUGAUGUCCAUUCUGAGGGACAAGCCCAGUGGGAUCUGCAUGGACUCCGGAGGUUUCUGCACCACAGGCAGCAUGGUGUCCAUCCUGCCCAGAGACACCAGCCUGCCCUGCAUCCACUUCUUCACUGCCACUCCAAACCCAUCCAGGUCUAUAUUCAAGCCUUUUAUCUUCUCGGAUUGUUCCGCCCCGGUGCUGAGGGUGGUCUCCCCGCAAUUUGGUCCAGAAGACCCUGUCAGGAAGCAGCCUCGCUUUCAGAGCCAGGUGGACCGCAGACACGACCUGUACAAGGCUCACCAGGUGGCGCUCAGCACCAUGGAGACCAACCCGGAUGAAGGUUUAGCCGUUCACGACAUCCUGAGGGACCUGGAGUCGCAGUGUCUCAGCGAGAUUUCAGCCAUGCUCAGUGGAGAGAUACCGGGAGAUGAACUCGGGGACUUGUUCUUUGAUUGCGUGGACACAGAGAUUAAGUUCUACCAGUGAGGAGCGCCCUCAGGUGGACACCCCUAGUGCUCACAAAGCGGCAGGAGAAGGCCCUGGGACUGUUAAAACCUGCAGUGUUUCUCGUCUGUUUGGCCCCCGCCUUACUCAUGUAGCGCACAUCACUGACCCCAUUCCAUCAUUAGCACAGACUAAAAGUCUAAAACCGCACAUGUGAUCGGAGCAUUUUUGUCAUCUGUGUCACCCAGGGAGCAAUGACUGCAUCUCAUUAGUGAGUAUAAUGAUGUAGACUACACAUGCGCAUAUGUAGAGCUGUGUGAUGUUGCACAAAUACUGUGAGUACGGCAUUUGUUUAACAAUUUUGUUUUGUCGUUGCACAUGAAUGGCUGAUUGUUUGACUGUAGGUGAAAGCUCUAAUAAAGAUUGUGCAUAGCCUGA